AUGAAAGCAAAUAAAACAACUGUUACCACUGAUGGUGGUGCCAGGUCGUACGAGUUUCAAAAAGUGAAACUCGAAGUUACUGAUUCUUUGAAUGGAAAAACACCAGAACCAGCUUGUUCAAUGUUUUCGAUCAAUCCUUCAACUGCAAAUGCUGGACAACAUAGUGGGGAAGUAUCUGAGAGUAUUUCUGCAAUGAUGGCUGAUGGUAAGGAUGAUGAAGGCUUCCUUGAGGAUCAAGAUGCCUUUUUAGGAGAACUAGGAACGUUUUACCUGGAGAAGGCGAUGGAAUUUAAACCACCUAGGUUUUAUGGUCAUCAACUUAACUGCUUAAAGUUAUGGAGAUCUGUGAUCAGAUUAGGUGGCUAUGAUCGGGGAAGUGGUUACCAAAUUUGUGCAUCAGGAAGGGCAGUAAGAGAUUCAGCGGCUCGUUGUAAGCUAGGCUGGCAGGAGCAACACCUUCUUGGUUAUGGUGAGGUUGCGGAGCCAAUUGUAAAGGAAAGGAGUGCCUACAAUACGCCAAAGCGUACGAAGAGCUUAAAAACUAGUGGUUCUCUUAAGCACGAGGGACAAAAUGAAGUGGAGCACCCAAUGAAAGCUGUAGAAAUUGAAACAUCUAAGCAGUUGGAUGUCCAAGUUGUUCAUGUUGGACCCCCUGCUGAUUGGGUGAAAAUCAAUGUUCGUGAACAAAAUGAUUCCUUUGAGGUCUAUGCACUGGUGCCUGGUCUUUUACGAGAUGAGGUACGCGUUCAAUCUGAUCCAGCUGGUCUCCUAUUCAUUACCGGUCAGCCAAACCAACUUGACAAUCUUUGGGGUGUUACUUGCUUCAAGAAGGUGGUCACCUUACCUGCUAGAAUUGAUCAACUUCGCACCAACGUUGUUGUUAGCCUUCAUGGGUGUCUCCAUGUUCAUGUGCCCUUUGCACAUCGAAAUCUCUGA